CAGCUGUUUUUUUCUUCAAUUUGAUAUACAUCAAUCUAAGUCUAAGCAACUUGUGUACUUUUGUUAAACGAAUUUAAUCAUUUUUCGUUUCGAAAAUACUCUCUUAAUCUAAGCUUUUAUCAGCGUAAUAUUAAAUUUUAAUCAAACUUAGACAACUUAGGUUUCCAACUUAGAUUCGAAAGUUAAUCAUCUUCAUUUUACGGCUAAAUUGCGGGACAAAACGAAACUUGUGACAGUUUUCGGACUUUUUGACAACGCAUUGCGACUUCGAUUGGCAGCUAUUAAAUCUGAAAAAAUAGUCGUUUGCCCAAAGAAUCCGUAGUUUAUCUUACUAAAGAACAAAUUAUGGUCUUUUUCAAUGCUAAUAUUCAUUGAACAGGCUUGACCAGUUAAACGUGGUAGCAUUCGACUUAAAUCUACCAUCUACCUGAUUUUACCUUGUGUUUGUCGAAGUCACUCAAAGGUGGCUUUGGAUAAACCAGCAAGUUCAAUUAGAAGAAUUGAGAGAUAAAAGAAAGAAUAGAGAAAUGGGAUUUGACGACAACAAUACUCUUGAAGUGCCGUCACAUCUUACACGAUACCAGAGGGAACUGCACCUGCUGGACAACUGUGACUCAGUCCAGAGAGAGGUCACUCUUGGAAGAAGAACUGGUCUCUAUGUAAUACAUGGCGAGAUAGGGGUGGGAAACUUCUCCAAAGUCAGACUGGCCACCCACGCAUUAUUGAGAGAGCGUGUGGCUGUGAAGGUGGUGGACAAAUUGAGUCUGGACAAGAGAACUCAGAAGAUGUUGAAGAGGGAGAUGGACAAUAUGCUCCAACUGCACCACCCCAACAUCAUACGACUAUUCGAGGUGAUGGAGGAUGCAGCCAGAGUGUGUAUUGUGUUGGAGUACGCGGAGGGAGGGGAGUUGUACAGACUGGUGACUCAUCAGGGCAAACUGAAGGAGGAGACAAGUGCCAAAACAGUCUUCUUCCAGAUCACUUCUGCCAUCAGUCAUAUUCACUCCAAAAAGCUGGUUCACCGUGACAUCAAAGCAGAGAAUGUAUUCCUCUUUCCAUCACAGAAUCCGGUCUCAAAAACAAACACCAACAAUAUAAACAGCACAAACAUGAUAGCCAAGCUGGGUGAUUUUGGGUUCUCAACAGUGUCCGAUUCGAGCCAGACUCUGACUACGUUCUGUGGGUCCCCGCCUUAUGCUGCCCCGGAACUGUUCACGGAGCCAUCGUAUGUGGGGUGCUGGGUGGAUAUUUGGGCACUGGGAGUGUUGUUGUAUUUCAUCACUGCGGGAACGAUGCCUUUCAAUGCAGAUUCUCUCUCCCGUCUGAAACAGGUGAUAAUAUCCGGAUCAUUCCAAACUCCCGAUUUCAUGAGCAGUCCUCUGAAACAUCUCAUCUUUUCACUUCUCGCUAUUAAACCAACAAACAGACUGAAAGUGGACAAAAUACUCAUGCAUGAGUGGCUCAUUGGUAAACAUGAUGAGACUAUAGAACUGUACCCUGAAAGCAAUGAAAAUUUACCCAAACUAAACCCGAAGAAAUCGCCCAUUGAAUCAUCGUCGAUAAGUUUGAGAAAUUUGUCCGAUGACAAAUUCAGAGUAGUUCAUUACAUGCAAGAUGCAUUGGGAAUACCAGACAAUGAGUUCACGAAACAAGUUGCGAAAAAUCAAUCGUUUUCAAAUCAACAUACAAAAGAAGCAGUAACUGGAAUAUACAGAAUAUUAAUGCACAGAGUACAAUGCAAGCUACCUCUUGAAAAUAAAGAUACAGCUGAAAACAAGAGUAGUUCACUGCUGUUACCGGAUAGUGGUGUUGGUUUGAGGUCAUCACAGAGAAGUUCGCUAGCGGUUGAAAAUAACCGGACUGGUUCAAGUAGACGAAUUGAAGCUAGCAGAAAACAAGCAGAAUCCAAAAAGCAAACGUCGUCUGCCUGUCUUGUUUUAUAAUUUUAAUUUGAAAUGAUGAUGAAUUGAGAAUACUUGAAUUUAAUGUUACAUUGA